AUGAUCUCGGCGUUCUUCAUCUUCAACCAAAAGGGCGAGGUGCUCAUCUCUCGUCUGUUUCGAAACGAUCUUCGACGCAGCAUCGCCGACAUCUUUCGCAUCCAAGUCGUCUCCAAUCCAGACGUUCGCUCUCCCAUCAUCACGCUCGGUUCGACGAGCUUCUUCCACGUGCGUCACGAGAACCUGUACAUCGUCGCGGUAACAAAGUGCAACGCCAACGCCGCGCUCGUCUUUGAGUUCUGCUAUCGAGUCAUCACCAUCGGACGAUCCUACUUUGGCGGCAAGUUUGAUGAAGAAGCGGUCAAGAACAACUUUGUCCUGAUCUACGAACUCCUGGAUGAGAUUUUGGAUUUCGGUUACCCGCAGAAUUCGGAGAUCGACACGCUCAAGAUGUACAUCACCACGGAAGGGGUCAAGUCGGAACAGGCGGUGAGGGAGGAUUCGAGCAAGAUCACGAUCCAGGCUACGGGUGCGACGAGUUGGAGACGUGCGGAUGUCAAGUACAGGAAGAACGAGGCGUUUGUGGAUGUCGUCGAGACGGUGAAUUUGUUGAUGAGUAGUAAAGGUACGAUACUCAGGGCGGAUGUGGAUGGUGCGAUUCUGAUGCGUGCAUAUCUGACGGGUAUGCCGGAAUGCCGGUUUGGGUUGAACGACAAGUUGGUGUUGGAGAAGAACGAUAAGAACAAGGGCAAGGUGGAUGCGGUCGAGUUGGACGACUGUCAAUUUCACCAGUGCGUCAAGUUGGGCAAAUACGAUACGGAUAGGAGUAUCAGCUUCAUCCCUCCAGAUGGAGAGUUCGAGUUGAUGAGGUAUCGAAGCACCACCAACGUCAACCUUCCCUUCAAAGUGCACGCCAUCGUCGAGGAGAUCUCCAAGAGUAAAGUCGAAUACACGCUCAACCUCAAAGCCAACUUCGACACGAAACUCUCCGCCACCAACGUAGUCCUUCGGAUCCCCACACCGCUCAAUACGAGCACCGUCAAGUGUCAGGUCAGCAUGGGAAAAGCGAAGUACGUCCCUGCGGAAAACCACAUCGUCUGGAAGAUCGCUAGGAUCCAGGGUGGAGGCGAGGCGAGUUUCGGUGCCGACGCGGAGUUGAGCAGCACCACGGUGAGGAAGGCUUGGAGCAGACCGCCGAUCGAGGUGGAUUUCCAGGUGCUGAUGUUCACGAGCAGUGGGUUGCUGGUCAGGUACCUCAAGGUGUUCGAGAAGAGCAACUACCAGAGUGUAAAGUGGAUUAUAGAGUUUGUUGUGAUAUCGUCCUUCGCCGAGAAGUGGGAUGCUGUGGGUGUCGACGAUGUUGGAUACUUACGAAUUGAUGAUGGUGAUGCGCUGAUCGACCUCGCAUCGACAUCCGGUACCACGGUCGACCUGUUCACGCUCUCGCUGCGUACACCCAUCAUGCUCUUCCUCUACCCGUCCACCGCCUCCCCGCUCCGCGCCACUCCUGCCUCCUGGUCCACUAUCCCCGGGGCCACCGGUUGCACCCCACACCUCACCUCCGUCAACUCUCACCUCCCGCACCUGCUGUCCAAAGAACCCUCUCUGCAAAUCUUCGGACUCUCCACCCAAUCCCCUACCGAGCAGCUCGAAGCCAAAACGCGGCUCAAUCUCAACUUCCACCUGCUCAGCGACGAAUCGCAACAGUUGAGAGAGAUUCUCGACAUCCCAACGUUCGAAUGCGAAGGCAAAAAGUACUUCAAAAGGAUGACGUUGUUGUUGAGAGGAGCUCCUCCCCUCGCGCCCCUCGCCGCGGGCUCCCUCCUCUUGCCCUUGGGCUUGGGCGCAUCGUCCACCAACAGCAUGUCCAACGGCAACGCAUCCGGCAAGAUCCAAUACCGGAUCGUGUUGCCUCGAAUCGACAGCGUAUCCAGCGUCACAGCAGGUCGUCCACGUACGGUCAUCUUGACCGUUUUCAGUCGCGAGUCGCGUCGAGCAGACGGAAAGAGAAACACACACACACACUUGCUGGAAUUGGACGUGUUAAUUGCGAAAAUGACGAAAUUCAAGCUGAUUGGAGCUCUUAUUCGUUCGCUGAAGCUUUGGCUACGCAAAGCUGCCCUUCUAACCCGCUGCAACAUCGUCGAGAGCUGCACAGUCAGCAAUCACCGGCCCGACAUGGGUAUCCAAGGCUUGCUGCCCUUGCUCAAGGACGUGCAGAGACCGGUCCACGUAUCGAGCUAUGCUGGCAAGACGCUCGGCGUCGACGCUUACGUCUGGCUCCACCGCGGCGCAUACGGUUGUGCACGCGAGAUCGUCCUCGGCGACCCUACUCCGCGUUACAUAGCUCAUGCCCUGAGUCGCAUCCGUAUGCUGCAGCAUUUUGGCGUCAAGCCUUACCUCGUAUUCGACGGUGACAAACUCCCCGCAAAGAAGGGCACCGAAGACGAUCGAGAACAGCGCAGGAGCGACAACUUGCAACGUGCCAAAGAGCUAGAGCAAGAAGGCAAAUCGCAGCAGGCGAGAGAUGUGUAUGGCAAAUGCGUCGAUAUCACGCCUGAAAUGGCGUUUCAAUUGAUCAAGGUAUUAAAGGAAGAGAACAUCCCGUACGUCGUAGCACCGUACGAGGCGGAUGCCCAGCUGGCGUAUCUGGAAGCACAGGGGAUCAUCGACGGCGUCGUCACCGAGGAUUCGGAUCUGCUCGUGUUUGGCUGCAAGACGGUUCUCUUCAAACUCGAUCAGGCGGGAAACGCCGUCGAGAUGCUCCAACACCGCUUCUGGACCAACCGGCACAUCACACUUUCCGGUUGGACCGCCGUCGAGUUUCGUCAGAUGGCCAUCCUCUCGGGUUGCGACUACCUGCCAAGCAUCGUCGGAAUGGGCCUCAAGAACGCACACAGGCUCCUCAGGAGGUACAAGACCGUCGACAAGGUCUUGCAAGCCGUUCGUCUCGAAGGCAAGAUGCGCAUCCCACCCACCUACUCGCGCGAAUUUCGAAAGGCCGAGCUCACCUUUGUGCAUCAGAGGGUAUUUGAUCCGCGUUCGCAGAAGCUCGUCACGCUCACGCCGCUUCCGGAUGGUACGCACGACGAUAUGCUUCCUUUCAUUGGCGCUCCUAUCGAGGAUCAGGUAGCGAGAGGCAUUGCCGAGGGGAUCGUGGAUCCGAUCUCUCGUACACACAUCGUGGAUCGCGUGCCCAAGCCGCUCGGUGUAAGGAGCAACUCGGCCAACAACAUCGCCUCGACCAGUGCGUCAGCUUCCGCAGCUGGUGAAGUCUUUUCACUAACUCGCAGCACCACCGCUCCGGUCACCCUGGGGCAGAAUGGAGUCGGUGGCAUUGCAAGCAGUAGUGGGAACAGCUUCUACCGGUCGGGUGUGGGCGCAACGUCGUCUUUUGCGAAAAAGAAGGUGGUCAGCAAGGAAGCGGGAUUGCAGAGUCUCAAGAACUUUUUCGGCGGUCCUUCGCCCAGCAACGGCAGCGCCAAGAGCAAUGUCAGCGUCGUCAAGGAGGAACGGGUAGCGCUGGCGCCACGUGACAUGAAUCGGCAGAAUGGAGUGCGGGAGGAAGUCAAAGCGAAAGCAGAAGUUUCAAAGCAAGGCCAGGAAGCGAGACCAACGCAGAGCAAGUUUUUCGCGUCGCGACGGCCAUCUCAAGACGCUAAACUCGACCACGCCUAUCUGCAUCUCGGUGGCCAGCUGACACCGCCAAGAGCUCGACAGGAUCCAAAUGAUUCUGGUUACUGGGACGACGAGUGCGACGACAUGCGCGAUUUCGUCAAGUCGAGCAGCCCGGUUCGAGCGCCGUCGGUGGCACCAGAGUCGCAAGCGCUGGUCAUGAAUACGCAGGAGCUGUGGCAGUCGACGCAGGUGGCCGAGAGCAGGGUGCAAAGUGUGGUGGCUACACAGAUGGUGCCGAGCACAGAUUCAGCGUCGGUGGUGGUACCGCAAACGCCAUCGAAGGGCAGAAAGCGCAUGUUUUCGGCGUCGACAGAGAGCGAAGCGGUGCUGUCUUCGCCGGAGAGUGCGAUAGGGAGUGGUUUAAUUUCGUCGCCAGCGUCGUCGUCGGUGCGUGGAGGAGGGGAAGAUUCGAGCGUGAAAAGGGUGGAUGCUGCAGGAGGGCUCGAGACGGACGCGUUGCCCAGCUCGCCCUUGCUGCCGAUGGAGCGGAAGCCCAGUGUGAGCGACGAAGAGGAUGACGUGGAAGCGAUACCAAUGACGCCGUUGGCAGCGAGGAGUGCUGGUGCACGCAAGCCGAUGCUGCACACCAGUGCGAGCAUGUCCAAACUCGAAGCGUUCCGAUACACCACCCACACCCCGAGGCAACAGCAGGAAGAGCCACAGCGUGUUACCCUGCCUAGACGCUCGACCGACGCCGCUACCACCACUUUGGCGAACACCGUGUCGCCGUCGGUGCUCAAGCUGGCAGCCAGCGCAAGGACGCCAGCCGCAGCGCAGGGGACAAGACCGAACAAGGUGCUGAAGAGAAGCCCGACGCUCUUGCUCGAUGGAGAGGAAGGUGAUGUGGUGAGCAGGGGAGGAAGAGGAGGAGGCGGUGGGUUGUUUGAUAGGUUUCGGUUUACAGAGGCGACGGGAGGGUUGACUAGGGGCCAGGUUCCGUUUUAG